CUGGCGAACGUUUCGGUUGAAUGUUACUCUACAAACACCAAACAUGUCUAAAACAAAUGAAUCGGGUAUUGAAAAUCCGACUUUUGUCUCUUCCACCGAAAAACUAGAAAACGGUACAACAGAAGAUAAAAAACUUAAUACUAAAGAAGAAGAAGACGAGUUGGAAAAGUCCACAUGGGGAAACAGCAUCGAAUUCCUCAUGUCCUGUGUAGCAAUGUCAGUAGGACUGGGAAACAUCUGGAGGUUUCCUAUUGUUGCCAACAAAAACGGCGGCGGUGCUUUUCUCAUACCCUACAUCAUCGUUUUAACCAUAAUAGGCAGGCCUAUGUACUAUCUAGAAAUGGUGUUAGGGCAAUUUUCUAGCAGAGGUUGCGGUAAAAUGUUCCAAAAGUUGAGUCCGGUAUUUAGAGGUAUCGGUAUUGGUCAGGUUUUUGCUUCCACUUGCGUAGCCUCUUACUAUUGUUCUCUCAUGGCGAUCACCUUUAUAUACUUAAUCAAUUCGUUCACUGACAAGUUUCCUUGGGAGAGUUGCAGGAACUCCUGGACAGAUUAUUUAAAUUCUAGGAACUUGACUUGUGUGGAUAAAGACACUACUGCAACUGGAAGUAACACCAUAAGUUCAUCAGAAAUGUAUUACAGGAGAGAAAUAUUAAAGGAAUUGGACGAUAUAACUGAUUACAUGGGUGCACCAGAUUGGAAACUAACGCUAACUCUUCUACUCGGAUGGUUCGUUACAUUUAUGAUAUCAGCCAAAGGAAUACGGAGCUCUGGAAAAGCUUCCUACUUCUUAGCCAUAUUUCCUUACAUUGUGAUGAUCGUUCUGCUGAUAAGAGCGUCUACUCUAGAAGGCGCUACUGACGGUAUGAUGUAUUUUAUCGAGACCGAUUGGUCGAAACUCCUAGAUGGUAAUGUUUGGUACGCAGCUGUAACACAAUGUUUCUUCUCACUAAACAUUGGUUUCGGUAAUAUUAUUACUCUGGCGUCUUUUAAUAAAUUUGAUCAUAAUAUUAGUCGGGAUGCUUUCAUUAUAACUACGCUGGAUACGUUCACUUCGCUUCUAUCUGGAGUAACGAUUUUUGGUAUAUUAGGAAACCUGGCAUACGAAUUAGGUGUUCCGCCUAAAGAUGUUCUAGCAGGCGGCGGUGGUGCCGGUUUGGCGUUCAUUUCUUACCCCGAAGCGCUUUCGAAGUUCACAUUUGCUCCAUGGUUGUUCGCAAUAGCGUUUUUCUUCAUGCUAUUCGUUUUGGGCGUUGGAAGUCUGGCUGCUUUGCACGCCAAUUUGAAUACUCUUAUCAAGGAGACGUUUCCCACGUUGCCUGAUUGGUUUGUAGCCGCAGUGACCGCAACUGGACUAUUUUUAUUCGGUUUGAUCUAUGUCACACCUGGUGGACAGUACACCUUGGACCUCGUGGACCACUUCGGUGGAACUUUCGUUAUAUUUGUAUGCGUUUGUUUAGAAGUAGCCGUAGUUUGUGGCCUAUACGGUGUGAACAAUGUGUGCGAUGAUUUGGAGUUUAUGACAAAGAAGAAGGUCAGCAUUUUUUGGAGGAUUUGUUGGACAUUCAUAGUUCCCAUUUUUCUGGCAGUAAUAUUCAUCUAUUUUCUCGUUUCUUUGACGCCGAUGACUUACGGAAUUUUUAAUUUGCGUUAUCCACUUGGAUUAGAAAUUUUAGGAUGGGGUAUUUUAGCUGUGACAGUAAUACAGAUAAUCUGUUGGGUAAUUUAUUAUCUCUACAUCAAUCGACAUGGUAGCUUCAAAGUGAUGAUUUCCAAUGCAUUUUCAACGAAAACUUGGGGACCUGCUGGACAAAAUAGAACACAAGAAUGGAAGAUUUUUAAGGAAAAUAAAACCAGAAGCUCGAAAUUAUCGAAAGGGCCAUGGAUAAUAAAGAAACUGAAAAUGUUCCUCGGAAGGUGAUUUCAGGUCCUGUAUACAUAAUUUUAUAAUUAAGGAAUAAAUUUAAUUUAUUAUUAAACAA